GACCAUUCGUCACACAACGCAAGCUCAAAAGUAAAAGAGAGGAAACUACAAGGCACUUGUCCUCCUGUUGGUCAUGGAAACUAUGGAAAACCAUGUUUGAGUGAAAGCAGUCAUAGGUCCCCAUUUUUUAAUCCCCGUAAUGGUUUUCACACGAUACAUUCAGAGCACAGUCCUGUGAAGCCAAGGAUUAUUACAGUGGUGAAACCUGGUGGACACACACUCAGAAGGAUAACCUUGCUUCUCAACAGGAGAUCGGUCCAGACCUUUGAACAGCUGAUGUCUGACAUUUCAGAAGCUCUGGGAUUUCCACGCUGGAAGAAUGACCGUGUGAGAAAGCUUUACAAUCUGAGAGGCAGAGAAAUACGAAGCAUUUCUGACUUCUUCAGGGAAGGUGAUGCAUUCAUAGCAAUGGGGAGGGAGCCCCUCACUUUGAAGAACCUGGAAGUGGUAUUACAAGAACUUUAUCCUGAAAAUCCUUAUGCUGCCAGUGCUGCCAUUCAGCAGAAUGAGCUGCAGUCCCAAAAGCUGAAGAGCAGGCUGUAUGACAAGGCUUUGAAAGUGGACAGUGGCUUUGAUGAAACAGAAAUUAGUAAGAACUGCAGCGAUGAUGUAUCGCCCAAACUGGUAGCUGGACAUGAAGGAAAAAGUCAAGCCAAGACAAAGCAAGAGGAAAAAAUGAGAACCAAAAAAAAGUGGACUAGAGAGAGCUGGGGUUGUGAACAAGGAGUGAAGCCUUCUAGAAAGACCCAAGAAAGUGAGAGGUACCUCAACUGUGAGAGGAGUCCCGAGGAGGAAUUAGAAGAGAGUUCAGAAGAGGUGGUGAAGUGUGAGAAAUGUGAACAGGAAAGGCAUGCCAGACAAAAAUUACAAAGAGAAAGGCGGGCUGAGGCCUCAUUUGAGAACAGAGAGCUGAACACAGGUGCAUGUCAGAGGUACCAUGUAGAAAGAAAUGCAAUAAUCAGGAAUUGCCGAAAAUCUUCAGAAACUUGUCUGGAAGGUCAGGAAGGUGGUUGGAAAGAUAAUGGCUGUAAGAGGAUGUGGAAGCCCCUCCAUAGGAGUGUUAAUGACGGGUUGGAGAAGCAAAAAAGGAUCAUUGAGAAGGAAAGGGAUGUAGAGAAACAUGAAAACCAUGGGAAGGAAGUAGUAAAAGUCAAGAAGAAUGCUGUAGAAGGGCUGCAGGUAACUCAUGAAGUGAAGGGAGAGAAUGGAAGCAGCUGCAUAAUGAACCAAAGUGGUUGGCUAAAGAAAGACACUAUGAGAGAUGCUGAGAAACUAUUGAAAACACAUAGGGAGGGCAGAGAGGCACACAAGGCUAAAGAGGAGAGUGCCAGAAGAGAGGGGAAUAUUACAUGUAGAGAGAGUGACAUGAUGCGACAAGAAAAAACAGGAGAGCACAGAUUGAAUAAAGAAGAAAACAAGGCUCAGGGCUUGGAAAAUGCAAGCCGGAGGCACACCAUUAAAAACAGAACUGAUGUAGAAAAACACUAUGAGAUUGGCAGAACUAUUGGGGAUGGGAACUUUGCAGUGGUGAAGGAAUGUCGCCACUGUGACUCCAAUCAGAUCUAUGCCAUGAAAAUUGUUGAUAAAUCCAAGCUGAAGGGGAAAGAGGACAUGAUGGAAAGUGAAAUUCUGAUCAUUAGGAGUCUCUCUCAUCCCAAUAUAGUAAGCUUAAUUGAAGUGUAUGAGACAGAAGCUGAGAUCUACCUAAUCCUGGAGUAUGUCCCAGGAGGGGACUUAUUCGAUGCAAUCAUAGAAAGUGUGAAGUUCACGGAGCAUGAUGCUGCUGUCAUGAUCACUGACCUGUGCGAAGCACUGGUUUAUAUUCACAGCAAGAACAUUGUCCACAGGGACCUCAAACCAGAGAAUCUUUUGGUUCAGCAUAAUGCAGAUAAAUCUACUACACUGAAACUAGCAGAUUUUGGCCUUGCAAAGCAGGUUACAAAACCCAUAUUUACUGUGUGUGGAACACCAACGUAUGUUGCCCCUGAAAUACUUGCUGAGAAAGGCUAUGGGCUUGAAGUGGAUAUGUGGGCAGCUGGUGUGAUCCUUUACAUUCUGCUCUGCGGUUUUCCCCCUUUUCGCAGUCAGGAACGUGAUCAAGAAGAGUUGUUUCAGAUCAUACAGCUGGGUCACUACGAGUUCUUGUCCCCCUACUGGGACAAUAUUUCUGCAGCAGCAAAAGACCUCAUAACCAGGCUGUUGAUAGUGGAUCCCCAGAAGCGUUACACAGCACAACAAGUACUUCAGCACCCUUGGAUCAGAACAGCUGGAAAAACUAACAGCAGAAAUUUGCAGAGGGAAGUGACAAUAAACAUUGAGCGUCAUUUCCGGGCCCAGCGCCGAAAGGAAGUUGCAGAUGAGGAUACAUGAAAUCUUGUCAAGCUCAUUUAGUCUUCUUUUUAUUGAUUAACAAAUAUAUUUAAGUUUUCUUUUCUAUAUGGAUCAGGCCUUUAGUGUAUAGCUGUUGCUGGCCAUUGCCAUGCCUUUUUUUUUUUUUUAAUUCUGAGAUUCUGAAGAAGGACAGAGAUCAAAUUCUCAUCCACCUCCCUAUGGUGUUACUUGGGAGUCUCUCUGUUGACAGCAGUGGGGACUAGAUAUUUCCUGGAGGGUAUCUAUUAUUUUUCUUUAAAUACUGAUUUAGUCUUUUACCUUACAAAAUGUAU